AAGAGAGACGGAGAAAGGCUCGAGGAGAGUAGCAGUGGCGUGCGAGUCCAACACUCCAGUCACCGAUCGGAUGCACGAGUAGCCGGUCGUGCAACAAAGUGAUCGUGAAUUUCCGUGUCUUUGCUUCUCGAAAAAGUGUCUUACCGUGUUAUCUGGCCGCGAUUUGGACCAGGUUUUACAAAAGUGCGACGUGCGACGUUCUUCCAUUAGUGAAAUGUGCGCGGCGACGUUGUGCGGCUUGAUCAUGAUGUGAUGAUCAAAGGAGAGAACGUGACAAACUACGACCUGAUCGUUGGGAUUCAACGGACUGUGUUAACCGGAUCAACGUACUUGAGCGUCUAUUGACCUUUACUUAAAAAUUUGAAUAAAUAAAAAAAAGAAAGAAAGAAAGAAAAGAGAGAGAGAGAAAAAACAGAUAUUUCUAUCCGCUUAAAAAUAAAUUUAUUAUACUAAUCAAUUCUCAAGAAUUCUCUAAUAGAACGAUCUAUCCUAUUCGUUCGGUUAAACACAAAUAAAUUAAAGUAAAAAGUCAGAAGAGAAAGGAAAACAGUAUGCGUUCAAACGUAUCUGAAAUUCAAAUUACAUACAAGUUUUGAAAAAAAUUUACAUAAAAUAAAAGAAAGAAGGAAGGAAGAGGAAAGAGUUAAAUAAAAAAAAAAAAGAAAAGGAACCAGAUUGAGAAGAAAUCUUCUCUUCAAUGAAUGAUUUAUAUAUUGCUUUAAUAAAUAAAAAGGAAAGAAAGAAUUCAUGAGAGAGAAAAAAAUAAAUGAUUGAACGAAGAAGCAGGAAGGAACGGGUGUGUACAGUGAUGUAUUAGAACGCCUAAAAGAAAAAAGAAAAGAAAAAAAAAAAAAAAGUAUGGAGAACGCGGCGAUCGCACUCGACUCGACUGUUAGAAGUCAGGAUUCGAAUAAUUCAAAGAAUUCGAAGGACUCGAAGGACUCGAACGCAUCCGAUUCGAAGCCAGAAAGUUGCCUCGAGUCCAAACAUUCGAAGGAAAUCCUUAUUUCUGAGAAGCAACAACGGCAACAGCCCCGAACCGUGACAAGCACGACGGACGAUCGACAGAAGCUGAAGAACAAGGAGUCGAAGGAUGAAUCAACUAUUCUGAUGUUCACUUCUUGUGGCCAAUUGCUUUUAGGUGUAGUACUUGUAGUGUUUGGUAUCCUGGUAUUGGUCCAUGGCGCUGCAUUAGGAGGUUCCGGUGCAGGAUUGUGGGCAGGUGCGGGUGCACUUGCCGCAGGAGCGUUCGGUGUCGUAGCAACACUUGCAACGUCAACGAGCAAAACGAAUUCCAGCUUUUCCACGGCUCACCUUGCAGCGAGCCUCAUUGCCCUUGCCCUUUCGAAUAUGGCUGCAAUCACGGCCUUGACUGCUAUUGUCAGGGACUCCCAGAGAACACCGGAAGUGACCUUGCUCACUGUUCCGAAUGAAGAUGGAGACGCAGCAGAAGUAGAAGGUACCUGGGCAGGUAUAUUGGCUAGCAUUGGAUUAUUGGUAGCUAGUGUGGCCGAAUUAUUGGUUUCUGGUUACAUUUGCUUAACCUUAACCCCCAAACUAUGCGGAUGCCUUCGAGCAAACAAUGUCGACGAAAUUGCAAGCGACGGGCGACUGAAGACACGCAACAUGGUUCAUCAGUGGGUCACGGCGCAGAAUCAUGUGCCGAAGAAUCAACCGAUUUACGUAGUGCAGCCGAUGUUACCGAUACAUCCGAUGAUCCAGUCACCAUACGCAAUCUCUGGGGCACCUGCAAAAUUUCCUGGAGGAUUUGUGCCUACUGGACCUUUGCCAAUAGCUAGUCCAGCUUAUGGUGCCGUUCCUAUGUUACCGCAUAUGCCAUACGCUGCUCGUGCACCAUCACAAAUUAUUCGAUCAAAACAAAAACGCCACAUAACUGAAGAUACCAUGGAAAGAAAGAGGCAAACUGAAAGAAAAUCGGAAUCCCCGAAAAGAAUGUCUUCUAUAGGAGAAGAUCAAGUAGAUUUAGCUCAAACAUAUACAGGAUUGGAUAAAAAAAUCUCAGAAGAGUUCAUUUCAAUUGCCAUGGAUCCAGAAAGGAAAUCUAAAGCCUCCAGUAGUCAUGGCAGUGAAAUUGGUACCGCGAAAACUUCUUAAAAAUGUGAUGUUUUCAAAUUAUUUCGAGUUAUUUUUAUGAUCAAUGCAAAAAAAAUCCUUAUGCAUUUACGCAUGUAAAUGUAUAUAAUUUAGCAUUAAAAGAAAAGUUUUGUAUCAUUUGAAUAUAUAUAUAUACUAUAUAUAUGAAACAAUUUAAACACUCGAGGCUUUAUUUCUAUAAUUUUGUUGUAUUAAUUUACAUCAUUACUAGUAUUCACAAUACGCAUUGCAAUUUUAAUUGCUGUUGUAGAUAUUAAUUAUUCACUUUUCAUAAUUGGAAAUUAUAAUGAAAUUCUUGAAAUAAAAAAUAGAUAUAUAUGCUGUAUUUUUAAUUGUAUAAAAAUGAUUAUAUUUAAUGAGAUUUUAAAAAUUAAUAAAUUUAUUUAUUUCUU